AUCACAAACUAACAUUCUAUAAUAUCUAGUGUAUAAAAAUCAAUAUAGAAAUAUGACGAGUGUUAUUGAUGGAGUAAAAUCUUUAAUUUGGAACUCUGCUCCAAAUGGUUAUGGAAGCUUGAAAACUAAAGCGCCCAUGAUUUCUGGUGAUACGUCAGAUGAGGAAUCAGAUGAAGAGAGUAAUGGAACCUCUUGGAGUAAUAUGCACAACAAUGCUGUAGUUGGCAGUGAACUUGGUGCUAAUAUACCAUCAUCCUCUGUGUCUAAUUCAUCAGAGUAUCAUCCACAGUUGGGAGGCCCAUUUUCAGCACUGGUGCAGAGCAUGUGGCCUCAAAAUAUAUUAUCUCAAAUUCAGCAGGAAGAAAAAAUGACAUGUCAAUAUGAUGAAUUUGGUUUUCGUAUUGAACAAGAAUCAAACAAAACCGAUCUUGAUUAUAACUUGGGUGGGACUUUUGAAGAUCCCUCUAUUAGAUUACGAUGGACUGCAUAUAUCGAAGCAUCACAAAAAGGAAUUGUUGGAGAUUUGACAUGGGAUAAGGUUCCAGAUAGUUUUGAACGGACUGAAAAGCUCACAGAACUUGUGUAUUCAGGAAUUCCUCAUAGUAUGCGAGUUCAUCUAUGGCCACGAUUAAGUGGGGCUAGUCGGAAGAAAAGAGAAUCUGAGAUGUCAUAUCGGAAAAUUCAAAAGAGUUCCAAGUCAGACAAAAAACUUGUUGCAAAUCAAGUUGAAAAGGUCCCAGAUGAAAAGAUUGAAAAGCUCACAGAGCAUUUAUAUCCAGGAAUUUCUCAUAGCAUGCAUGUUCAUAAUUUUCAAAUUAACUCUGAGUCUGAUACACUUGUUGCAAAUCAAAUUGAAAAGGAUUUAUGUCGUACAAUGCCAAGCAAUGCAUGCUUUGAAAAUAUGGACAGUAUUGGGAUACCAAAACUCAAAAGAGUACUUCUAGCAAUUGCAUGGUUAUACCCUGAUAUUGGUUACUGUCAGGGUAUGGGAAUGGUUGUUGGAAAUCUUUUACUUUUUUUGGAAGAAGAAGAUGUUUUUUGGAUGAUGGUGGCCAUCAUUGAAGAUCUUUUACCUUCAUCAUAUUAUUCUUCAUCUUUGAUUGGAGUACAAGUUGAUCAACGAGUUCUGAGACAAUUAAUUGUCGGUUAUCUUCCACAUUUGGAUGAGUUAAUGAAAGAGCAUGAUAUAGAAUUAGGUUUAAUUACACUCCAUUGGUUUCUAACUGCUAUGUCAAGUGUUUUUGACAUUAAGAUUUUGCUGCGAGUUUGGGAUAUUUUCUUCUAUGAAGGAUCAAUAAGCUUGUUUAAAAUCACUUUGGGCAUGAUGAAAUUUAAGGAAAAAGCUCUUCUUGCUGUAGAAAAUUCUGCUCAGAUAUUUAAUAUGAUGUCAAAUCUUCCUGGAGAAAUUGUUGAUGUUGACCUUCUGUUGGAGUAUUCCAAAAAAGCAGCUGCUUCUCUCACACAAAUAAUUUUAGACACUCAUAGAAAAAAGCAUCAUUUGUUUCUUUUAGCUGAAAUGAAUCAACUUGAUGAUAAUAGUAAUAACAAUAUUGAGCCAAAAGAGAUUCAUCGACGCACUAGACCGCCCAGUAAAAAAUCAUGGAUUAAUCUUGCAUUUGAUAUUAGCACAUCAAUUUAUUAUAAUAGUAUACUGUGUGGAACUGGAAGAAAACAUCUAAGUGCAAUCACCAUGAAAGCAAAAAAUGUGUUGCAAACUGAAAUAUUGAGUGAUCUUAGAGAAUCAAUUUUUUUGAUAGCUCGUCAUUUUGAUUAUAAAGGAACUAAAACAGAACUUCUUCCUGAUUACACCACAGAAACAACUUUAAAAGAAAACCAUAAAAUUAAAUUUGAAAGGGUAAAGCAACGAAGAGCUAAAGGGUUAAUCGAUUUUGAAAGACAUGAAGAUGAUGAAUUAGGCUUUCGUAAAAAUGAUUUAAUAACGAUAGUUUCUCAAAAAGAUGAGCAUUGUUGGAUAGGCGAGUUGAAUGGUUUGCGAGGUUGGUUUCCUGCAAAAUUUGUUCAAGUGUUGGAUGAGCGAAGCAAAGAGUACUCUUCUGCUGGAGAUGAUAGUGUUUCUGAAGUUGUUGCCGAUCUUGUUAGAGGAAAAUUAUAUCAGUCUUUUAAAAGAAUAUUAAAUCAUGGAUUAAAGCAACCGCCAUUUUCAGGUCAUGUCCAUCCUUGGCAAUAUAUAGAAGAGGCAAGUAAAAGAGAAGUACAGAAAGAUUUUCAUUCAGUUUACUCAAGAUUAGUCCUUUGCAAAACAUACAGACUGGAUGAAGAUGGAAAAAUACUUUCACCUGAUGAAACUUUAUAUAGAGCUGUACAAUUAAUAAAUGCCCAACAUGAUGAAGCACAUUCAAAUAAUGAUGCCAAGCUUUGUUCUCUUAUCUGUUAUGGUUUAAAUGAGCAGGUCUUGCACUCAUGGUUUGAAGUUUUUUGUGUCACAAAAGAACUUUCAGAAUUGUGGUAUGAACCCUAUUCAUAUAUAAGAAGUCCUGGUUGGAUACAAAUUAAAUAUGAACUUUUAGUUCUUUCAAAGUUUUCCUUCAACCUUUCACUUGAUUAUGAAAUUAAUGAGAAGAAAAAUACGACAUCAACAAUGAAGGAGGACGUUCAAGAUAUGCUUGUUAAACAUCACUUGUUUAGUUGGGAUUUAUAAGUUUGAUUAUGAUGAAUCAAUUAUGAACGCGUUUUCAUUAAUAAUAGCCAGUUAAUUAUAUUAUGAAUUAUUUUAUCGAUUUUUUUUUUUUUUAACAAAAUUAGAUAAAUAUACUAUGUUUUGUUCAAAAAUUCGAAACUGAGAACAUAACUUGUUUUUUUAUACUUGCAGACAUUUAUUUGGCGUCGUAUUGCGCUAAAUAUUACACUCAAAAACUUAUUUUAUAAAUAAAUAUAUAUUAGAUCUAUAUAUAAUUGUUUGUGUUUUAUUUUUGGUGAGCUUUUAAAUUUAAUUUUUUUUAAUUUUUGUAUGGGCAUUUUUUAAGUUUUUUUUUUUUACUAAUAAAUCAUUUUUAUAUAUUUUUUAUAAGUUUUGCUUUUAAAUUUUCAAAUUUUAAAUGCAGAAUUAAAUGCUUUAGUUUUCUAAAGUAUUCUUCGUUACUUGUGGUUGUUAUUUAUGGGGAGUUUAUUUAAUUAGGCAUUGUAUU